GCUUGCUGCGUGUGUCCCCUCCCUCCUGUCAGUGCGUGUGGCAGAGGGAUGCAUUAGCAGCCUGCUGCAGGUACACACUGUGUCAUCACACAUCCUGACCCACUGCAGCCGGUUAAAAAAAAAUAAAAAAAAUGUCCUUGCAGAAGAAAUCUAAGAAGAUCCACUCCUCGGGGGGUCCGGGCUGCACCUCUCCGGGCUACAGGAAGGCAGCAGAUGAUGAGAUGUCCGGGGCCACGUCCAGCGCUGAGCAGGUGGAGGCAGCCGCUCGCAUCAUCCUCAUCAACCAGCCGCAAUCCUGCAAAUUCAGGGAUAACCGGGUGAGCACAGCCAAGUACAGUGUGUUAACGUUCCUACCUCGAUUCCUCUAUGAGCAAAUCAGGAGAGCUGCCAACGCUUUCUUCCUCUUCAUUGCCUUAUUACAGCAAAUCCCUGAUGUGUCUCCUACAGGAAGAUACACCACUUUGGUGCCCUUAAUCUUUAUCCUCACAGUGGCUGGAAUCAAGGAAAUAAUAGAAGAUUAUAAAAGACACAAGGCAGACAAUACUGUUAAUAAAAAGAAAACAAUAGUCUUGAGAGGAGGCACGUGGCAGAAUAUGAUCUGGAAAGAGGUGGCGGUAGGAGACCUUGUGAAGGUGACCAAUGGGCAGCAUCUACCAGCUGAUAUGAUCAUUUUAUCCUCCAGUGAGCCGCAGGCAAUGUGUUACAUCGAAACAUCCAAUCUUGAUGGAGAAACAAACUUAAAAAUUCGCCAGGGUUUGCCAGCAACCUCAAAUCUUCAAACCCAUGAGGAUUUGGUCAAAAUGAAUGGAAGAAUUGAGUGUGAAGGACCCAAUAGGCAUCUGUAUGAUUUUACUGGAAACCUGUACUUGGAGGGUAACAGUCCAGUUGCUAUUGGACCUGACCAGAUCUUGUUAAGAGGAGCUCAGAUCAGGAAUACUCAGUGGGUUUUGGGCAUUGUUGUAUACACGGGACAUGACACCAAACUCAUGCAGAAUUCUACAAAAGCGCCUCUCAAGAGGUCUAAUGUAGAGAAGGUCACCAACAUCCAAAUCCUGGUUCUGUUCUGCAUACUCCUGGUCAUGGCUCUGGUCAGCUCUGUUGGUGCUUUGUUAUGGAACCGAAAGUAUGAGGACAGUAACUGGUAUCUGGGCACCAAUGAAGCCAUAUCUAACAAUUUUGGAUACAACCUGCUGACAUUCAUUAUCCUGUACAACAACCUUAUUCCUAUCAGUCUCCUGGUGACUCUGGAAGUGGUGAAGUUCACGCAAGCACUUUUCAUCAACUGGGACAGAGAUAUGUAUUAUGCAGAGACAGACACCCCCGCAAUGGCUAGAACUUCCAACCUGAAUGAGGAGCUGGGACAGGUAAAAUACUUGUUCUCAGACAAAACUGGAACUUUAACUUGCAAUAUAAUGCACUUCAAGAAAUGCAGCAUUGGUGGCAUUACCUAUGGACAUUUUCCAGAAUUUGAGAGAGAGCGCUCUUCUGAAGAUUUCAGCCAAUUGCCCACUACAAGUGAAUCCUGUGACUUCGAUGACCCUAAGCUGUUUCAGAACAUCGAAGGUGAAAGUCCUACAGCACUGGUGAUCAAGGAGUUCCUCACGCUGCUUGCUGUGUGUCACACGGUGGUUCCUGAGAAGGAUGGAGAUACCAUAAUCUACCAAGCUUCUUCCCCAGAUGAAGGAGCGCUAGUUAAAGGGGCAAGGAAACUGGGCUACACAUUUACUGGCAGGACGCCACGCUCUGUCAUUAUCGAUGCAAUGGGUACCGAGCAGAGCUUUGAACUUCUCAAUGUGUUGGAAUUCUCAAGCAACAGAAAGAGGAUGUCUGUAAUCGUCCGCACUCCAUCAGGACAUCUCAGGCUUUACUGCAAAGGAGCAGAUAAUGUUAUAUUUGAGAGGCUGUCAAGAGAAUCCCAGUACAUGGAACAGACCUUAAACCAUCUUGAACAAUUUGCUUCCGAAGGCUUGAGGACGCUGUGCAUCGCCUACACAGACCUAGAAGAGUCUGACUAUAAGGAUUGGCUGAAGAUCCAUAAUGAGGCCAGUGUGAUCUUGAAGGAUAGAGCUCAGAAACUUGAAGAAUGUUAUGAGGUUAUAGAAAAGGAUUUAAAGCUCCUUGGUGCCACAGCGAUCGAGGACCAGCUGCAAGGAGGGGUCCCGGAAACUAUCGCUACCUUGAUGAAGGCAGAAAUUAAAAUAUGGGUUUUAACUGGCGAUAAGCAGGAGACUGCUGUCAAUAUAGGAUACUCAUGCAGACUAGUAUCACAGACAAUGUCACUCAUCAUGGUGAACGAGGACUCUCUGGAUGCAACAAGAGAAACUUUAACGAAUCACUGUACCAACCUUGGAGACGCUCUCGGAAAAGAGAACGACCUUGCUUUAAUCAUCGAUGGACAGACCCUGAAGUACGCUCUAGCAUUUGAAGUCCGCCAGUGCUUCCUGGACUUGGCACUUUCCUGUAAGGCUGUCAUCUGCUGCAGAGUGUCUCCGCUGCAGAAAUCUGAAAUUGUAGACAUGGUAAAGAAACAUGUAAAUGCCAUCACGCUGGCUAUUGGAGACGGUGCCAACGAUGUAGGAAUGAUCCAGACCGCACACAUCGGAGUGGGGAUCAGUGGGAACGAGGGCAUGCAGGCCACCAACUCCUCCGAUUACUCCAUAGCUCAGUUUUCUUAUUUGGAGAAGCUUCUUCUAGUCCACGGAGCCUGGAGCUACAAUCGAGUAACCAAAUGUAUCCUCUACUGUUUCUACAAGAAUGUGGUCCUGUACAUCAUUGAGCUUUGGUUCGCAUUUGUUAAUGGAUUUUCUGGACAAAUUUUGUUUGAACGAUGGUGCAUUGGCUUGUACAAUGUGAUUUUCACCGCCUUACCACCUUUCACACUGGGAAUCUGUGAACGAUCCUGUAGCCAAGAUAGCAUGCUAAGAUUUCCACAGCUCUACAAAAUUACUCAGAAUGCAGAUGGAUUUAACACAAGAGUGUUUUGGGGUCACUGCAUCAAUGCCUUGGUCCACUCUCUCAUCCUCAUCUGGUUCCCAAUGAAAAUGAUGGAGCACGAUGCUGUGUUCAGCAGCGGGCAUGUCACCGAUUAUUUAUUUGUUGGAAAUAUUGUUUACACUUAUGUUGUGGUGACGGUCUGUUUAAAAGCUGGCUUAGAAACCACAGCAUGGACCAAGUUCAGUCACCUUGCUGUCUGGGGAAGCAUGUUGAUGUGGCUGGUGUUCUUUGGUGCUUAUUCUUCUAUAUGGCCUAUCAUACCUCUUGCACCCGAUAUGCUCGGACAGGCGGGAAUGGUGCUAAAGUGUGGAUAUUUCUGGCUUGGAUUAUUGCUGGUCCCUGCUGCAUGCCUGAUUCGAGACGUGGUGUGGAGAGCGGCCAAGCACACCUACAGCAAAACACUGUUAGAACAAAUCCAGGAGAUAGAGACCAGGACCAAGGAGAUGAGUAAAGCCGCGCUUCGCGAUUCCAACGGAAAAAGCUUGAAUGAACGUGACCACUUGUUGAAGAGACUUGGCAGAAAAACCCCUCCGAGCCUCUUUCGUGCUAAUUCUGUCCAGCAAAGUGUAACGUAUGGCUAUGCAUUCUCUCAAGAAGAACACGGUGUCGUAUCUCAAUCCCAAGUUGUCCGAUCCUACGACACCACGAAACAGAGAACUGCGUCAGAAUAACUUUAGCUACUGGUGGCAUAUAUAAUGCGCUUUGGACAAUAAGUCUACUGUUAACGGAUAGUGACUAAGUCUGGCCGCAGCAGCCAAAAACCGGGAAACCCAUUUCUGUGGCCUUUGCCAACAAAUUUCUUAAUGUUCUUUUUUCUUUUACACCAGCAGAGCCUGCAUGAGAUACAAAUCCAACUAUGCAGUACAGGUCUCUCUGGUAGCCCGGAGAGUAAUAUGUGCACUUUUAUUUAGGAGAAAAGCAUGUUCGCAAACAAAACAUCUACUUUUUUCCUGCAGCGUUCUGCUUCUGUUUGUCUGCCACAGGUACAUCCGCACCUGUCUAUUAGAACACCUUGUUAGACAGCUACAAUGCGAUACAGUGUAAUGAGGAAGUGUUAUCAGACGCAAUAUAGGGCAUCGCCAUUUAAAGAAUUGAUUUGAAAGUAGGUUUUAUGUACAUAGAGUCAUAAUUAGGUUACAGCAUUGCACUUUUUGGUUGCUAAACGAUGACUACAUGUCCGAGAAUUCUUAAAUUAGACGCAAAUGUUAAAAUCCUGCAAAUGCGUCUGAACGACUAACAGGCGGAUGUGUGUCCAAUUUAAACGCACACGUGGUUGGCAAUCUAGGAACUUAUGAUUGUUCAGCAGUCAGACAAAAAGGCCAAAUCCCAUAAUGCUCUAUGCUGAUGAUCACAUGCCCACUUACAAACCCAACUUAGAUGAGACAAUACAAAUUUCUGCCACUGAAAGUAUAAGAACUAUUCUGGCAGAUCGGGGCUUAAUUUGGAUAAACAAGGGGCAUUGCUUAAAAUGCUUAGUUUUCACAUCUGAAACGUUCAGAGCUAUGUCUCAAAUAGUGAUAGUGGUUACUAGCCAACUACAUUAAUCAGCCAGGCAUUAUUGAAGCUUGGACUGAUUGUAAUCUUUCCAAGCCAUCUCUGAUGAACCACAAAGCUCCAUAUGCACAAUGCUCUUUUAUUUCAUUGAAUUCAAAUUGACAAAGGUGGGUGACAUAAUAUCCACAUGUGCGGCCACCUCUAGAUUUAUAAGUUAAUAAAUAGCUCUAUAUUAGUAUUGUUUGUUUGUUCUGUCUAAUAUUCCAACAUAUCUAAGCUGAUUCACUCCAAUCAGUUUGUAUUUUUAUUAAGUAUGACAAGGUUCCACACAGUCCAUUAGUUGGUUUACUGGCCAACCAAAACCAUGCAGUCUUCGUCAAACUUAAGGCUAUCAGGAGCUUAUCUGAUCUGAAGAGAAGUGACUUAUAAUGUUCUGAUUGUUGGGAAAGAUCUUUUUACUAUGCACAGCAGACAUCCUGUCUGUAACCCUACUGAAGGACACAUCAACCAGGGGACAUCCUGUCUGUAACCCUACGGAAGGACACCUCAACCAGGAGACAUCCUCUCUGCAGCCCUUCUAAAGGACAUAUCAACCAGGGAACAUCCUGUCUGUAACCCUAUGGAAGGACACCUCAACCAGGAGACAUCCUCUCUGCAGCCCUUCUGAAGGACAUAUCAACCAGGGACCAUCCUGUCUGUAACUCUGCUGAAUGACACAUCAACCAGGGGGCAUCCUGUCUGUGACCCUACUGAAGGACGCAUCAACCAGGAGACAUUGUUUGGAAGCUACUGAAGGACACAUCAACCAGGGGACAUCCUGUAUGUAACCCAACCAAACGACACAUCAACCAUGAUAAGUCUAAAAUUAAUAAUAACUGUAAACAACAGUUUGUAUAUAUGUCAAACAUUUCAUGUUCUGUCAAAUUAUAGGGACUUUUACACAUAAUAAUUUUGAAUGUCAUUAAUAUAGCAGCUCUUUACAGAAGUCAAGUUACAUUUUGUUUUGUAAAAUCUGUCUCUUCAUAGAACUCACAUUCACUGGGUUAUUUAUUAUACAGAAUGGGACAGCUGUAAGGACUUUCCAAUAGGAACCUCUGGGUUGUUUGUGGUUGAAUGUGUAAAUGUUAUAUAUCCCAUAUAUACCAGCUUCUUGGUGGGGUUGCAAAACUUGCAAAUAUCAUAUGUAACCUUGGAGCUUGAAAUUAAUUGCGAAUUGUUCCGCUAACUCCCAAGUUGCAGUAUAAUAACUUGUUUUCAGCUUUAUUUAGUAAAAUCUAGCUCAUAGGGUAAGUUUAGGCAGUAUUUGGGUCAGUGAAGUGACAUGAGAACUGAAAGAUGGCCACAUAUAUUCAUAUCCCUUCUAUUAUCUGACUUGGCUUAAUGGAACAAAAAAGUUGUUUUACCUGCAGUCUGAUUUUGCAAAAAGUCAAGAGUACCUUCUUCUCUAUACCUAUGAAAUGUGUCAGUUUUAUUUAUUUAUUAUUUUGAUUCCUACUGGUUCUGCAAAUAUGUAUUUAGUGUUCUGAGAAUAAAACCAAAUCUAAUUACCUA